AUGAUCCCGAAAUCAGAGUUCGCCUUCCGGCGACAGAAACUGGUUGCAGAAAUAGUGCACGGUGUUUCCCGCACUUCGAAUUCAGCUUCUAAACACUUGGUCGUGCUACCUUCGUCUGAAGUACAGUACAUGGCAUAUCACAUCCCGUACCCGUUUCUUCAGGAUUCCAACUUCAUGUAUUUGACUGGUUUGAAGGACGUAACAGGCGCUUUGAUUUUCCAAUUGACCAUUGAACCCAGUGUAAAGAAUGACCCUAGUUACACAUGCGAAGAGUAUUUAUUCUGUGAAUUUCGGACUCCUCGUGAGGAAAUAUGGGACGGUCCAAGCAUGUCGGAGUCCAUCAUUUCCGAUCUCACGGGCAUUCGUUCCAUCAGCCCAUUGCAAGAGUUUCCUAUAUUUUUGAAGCAUAACGCUAAAAAUGUUAUGCUUUGGUAUGCACCGCUUGUGGAUGGUGACGGUGACAAGAAGCCAAUAAACAAAUUUGUUCUGUCGGAGAUUUUGGAAAUCAACGAGACUGUGCGUAAAAAGACCCGAAAUCCACAACCAUUUAUCGAUGCGCUGCGGUUUGUCAAGUCGGAAAAUGAAAUUCGUUGUCUUCAACUUGCAACUGCCACAACGGCAGAGUGUUUGAAGGAGACUAUGAAAGCAUCAUACUGUGGAAUGUCUGAAGAUUUUUUACGGACCAAACUGGAAUUUGAGUCUCGACUACAUGGAUGCACACUCGGAUAUCCCCCGGUGGUGGCUGGCGCUGAUCGGGCUAAUGUAAUUCAUUAUUUGUGGAACAGUCAAACCAUCGAAGAUGGAGAUCUUGUUCUGGUCGAUGUCGGCUGUCGUAUGGAGGGAUACACAGCCGAUUUGACUCGAACAUGGCCUGUCAACGGUCAUUUCUCGCCAGUGCAGCUUGUGCUCUAUGAGAUAUUAAUGGAGACCCUGAAAACAUGUUCGAGUAUGGCCACUCCCGAAAGAAGCUUGAGUGAUUUACACAACAUCAUGUUGCGAGAGCUGCGGCGACAUCUAGAGGACGAACGAAUCAUACCCCAGACGAACAGUUUUUCACUGAUACAAGAUGUUUGCCCACAUCACGUUGGUCAUUAUCUCGGAUUGGAUAUACACGACACUCCAACUGUUUCGUACUCCCGUCGUUUAGAGCCGGGGGUAGUUUUUCCAUUGGAACCUGGUAUCUACUUCAGAUCGGAACUGGAGAAAUUCGGGAUCCUGAAGGAGUGUAUUGGUAUUGGAAUGCGCUUGGAAGACGACUUUGUCAUCAACAAAGCUGGGAAGGCCGAAUCGCUAACUAAUGAGCUCCCACGCGAACCAUCCCUGCUGGAAUCCCUUGUUCUGUCAAAAGUCCCACCACUUAGUUCAAGGCAAAUGCCUUGA